UGAAAUAACGUGUACCUGUUAUUAAAUCAGUGUAAAUUGAGUGAUAAUCACAUGCACAUAAACUGAUGCUAUUAUUCUGUAUUCAAAAGAAUAAUCUCAGUUGGUAUACGUUUUUGUUUGACGAUAAUAUUUUAUUCUAAAUAUUCUAAAACGCUAAAAUCUGAAAGUAUUAUAUUUCUUGUAUUUAACAGUGUUAAUUUUAAAUCAAUAUAAUUAAUUAGUUUACUGAUUAUUUUUAGCUAAUUUUAAAAGAAAAACAUUAUCUAUAUAAGUAAAAAGAAAACUUAAAAUAUGACUGAUCUGAAAAAAGAAAUGGAGUCCAAUAUUAAAUAUAAAUACAGCUUAAAAUCCAUUUUCGCUCAAAGCUUGGCACUGGCUGGACCGUGUUUCAUACAGAUCGGGAUCGGCAUAGAACUCACAUGUUCAACAAUAAUUAUUGGAGCGUUAGCGAACGAUAAAAACAAAAACGGUUUGCAACCCUUAACAGAUGAACAAGCGUCUUGGUUUGGUAGUCUUCUGUUCUUGUUUACUCCCUUGGGAAGCGCACUAUCUUCAUUAACACUGAACCGAUUCGGUCACAAGACGUGCAUGAUAAUAACCAACAUACCGUUCAUAGUGUCGCAGAUCAUGUUCUUCUACGCCAACAGCAUCGAGACAUUGUAUGCGUGUUCGAUGCUGAUGGGGCUUAGCGUCGGAUACUCAGGCGGGCCGUCUUCCUCCUACAUCGGCGAGGUGUGCGAGCCCAAACUGAGGGGAGCACUGAUGUCAGCAACGAACGUCUUCUACUACGUUGGCUCGUUGCUGUUCACGUUGAUAUACGCGAUCACAUUGGAAUGGAGGCUGACCGUGCUCAUUGGCAUGUCGAUCCCAAUCGCGACCGUCGUUAUAUUGUUCAUGACGCCGCAAUCUCCAAUGUGGUUGCUGACCAAAGGUGAAUCCUUAAAAGCACAGCGAACACUUGGAAAAUUAAGGGGAUGGCCGUCUCAAGAAACAUGUUCAAGCAAAGAGUUCAAAGAAAUGAUAGCUUAUACAUCUUCUGUGGUAUACGACGAAGACGACAACGAGACAGGUAAGUGCCUUUUUAAAAAAUAA